CUGCGAAGAGAAGACCGGGUGGGAAGACGCAAUGCGGGAGGCCAGCGGGCACCAACCCGAUGCAGUUAGCGCCCGCUGUUUAGGCUCGACAGCCGCUAACCCAAAGGGACGGGGCGUCCGCCAUCCCGCCGAGAGGGAAGAAGUAUAUAACUAGAUGGAGUGAACAAGAUGCAACUGUCAUUCAGCACUCGCAAUCAAUCCUCGUCUUCAGAAUCAGAUCAAACCAUUACCGCGCUAAUAAAGUAUAUCCGUAAUGGCUCUCGAACUAUCCGUUAAACAAAACACCACCAAUUUCACCCAGGUGGUCCAUCGAACCGCCCAGCCCACCACCUCCCUGUCUCGACCAGAGCUGAACCAAUCCGGUAGGACUGUUCUGGUCACCGGCGGUGCCACGAACAUUGGAUAUGCUAUCGUUAAGAGCUUCGUUACUGCCGGUGUCUCGACGGCCAUCAUCGCCGCGCGCCGACAAGACGUUCUUGACGACGCCGCGGCCAACCUCAGAGCGGAAAUCGAGAAGAAGGGCGCGUCAGCUACCAUUCUCACCUACAUCCUCGACCAGGCAAACCCUGCCUCGGUGCGCGAGCUCUGGGCCAAGCUCAGCAACGAUGGCAUCGUGGUCGACACGCUGGUGUUAAAUGCCGCCUCCUUUUCGGAGGAAAAGCCCAUCGUAGAACUGGGAGCCGACAAGGUCUGGGAAGCCUACGAGGUGAAUGUCCGAGGGCCGCUGGAGUUGGUUCAAGGGUUUACCAGCCAGACGGCGAAUAACCGACCGAAAGCUAUCGUGAACGUCGCAACUCAAGCCAUCAACAUGCUCUAUGACUCCCAGCUGUUUCUCGCCGCAAAGCGUCCCGUCUACGGACUGACCAAGAACGCGGGUACGAUGCUGAUCCAGCAGAUAGCCAAGGACGCCAAUCCCGAGGAAUUGCAGAUCGUCAGUUUCCAUCCGGGUGUUCUUUACAGUGCUGAGUUCAAGAGAAUGGGCCUUUCCGAGUCGGAUCUGCCUUUCGAUGACCCUGACCUGCCUGGUUCAUUCGCCGUGUGGGCUACGACCGAAGAGGCGAAGUUUCUUCACGGUCGAUUCGUCUGGGCCGCUUGGGAUAUUGAGGAGUACUCCAAGGGUGAGUUGAGGAAGCGGAUUGAGGAGAAUGAUGAUUUUUUGAGAGUUGGCGUGGUUGGAUUGAGGGGUGGAUUGAGGGGUUAG